UCCGUCGGCUGCACCAUGAGCUGUGCUGUCAGGCAGGUCGUCACCACCUGUGCCCAGGGCAGGGGCAGCACGGGCAGCAACGCGGCCGGCACGGGGAGGAGGGUCUCCUCCGCCUCCUCGGGGAGACACGCUGCCUACGACCUGGGUGCUGUGGGGGGCAGCUUUUCCGGCGGCAGUUUGAGCGAGGGAUUUCUCGGGAAGCAGCUGAGCGCCGGCAGCGCGGCCGGCGGGAGCUUCGGAGCCACCCAGAGGGCUUGUUCUGCCCUGGGCUUCAGCGGUGGAGGCAUCUGCACUCGAGGGGGUGGGGGCUUCCCCAGGGCCGGCGCUGGCUGCGGGGAUGGGAUCCUGUUCGCCAACAACGAGAAGGCCACGAUGCAGAACCUCAACGACCGCCUGGCCUCGUACCUGGACAAGGUGCGGCUCCUGGAGGGGGACAACGCCGACCUGGAGUGCAAGAUCAGGGAGUGGUACGCCAAGGUGGGGCCCAGCUGCGAGCCACGGGACUACAGCUGCUACCACAAGGAAAUUGAAGACCUUCAGAACCAGAUCCUGUGUGCAGCCAUGGAGACUAACAAAAUCCUUCUGAACAUCGAUAACAACAGGAUGACUGCUGAUGACUUCAGAGUGAAGUACGAGACCGAGUGUGGUCUCCGGCAGAACGUGGAUGCCGACAUCUGCAACCUGCGGCCCGUCCUGGACCAGCUGGCCAGCUGCAAGACCGACCUGCAGCUGCAGUGCGAGGCUCUCACGGAGGAGAUGUGCUGCCUCAAGACCAACCACGAGGAGGAAAUGAGCUGCCUGAGGAAACAGGCGACCGGGGAUGUGAGCGUGGAGGUCAAUGCCUGCCCUGGCCCAGACCUGAGGAAGAUCCUGGAGGAUCUGCGGUGCCAGUACGAGACGCUGAUGGAGCGCAACCGGAAGGAGACGGAGCAGUGGUAUGCCUGCAAGAUGGAGGAGGUGAAUCUGGAGGUUGUCACAAGCAGCCAGGAGAUCGAGUCAAGCAACAAGCAGGUCACUGAGCUGAGGCGGCAGCUGCAGGCCCUGGAAAUCAACGUGCAAGCCCAGCUCACCAUGAAAGAAAACCUGGAAUCCUCUCUGACGGAGACCGAGUGUCGCUACAACAAAUACCUGGCUGAGCUGCAGACCCAGAUCUCCUGCGUGGAGCAGCGGCUGGCUGAGAUCCGAGCGGAAAUGGAGUGCCAGAACCAGGAAUACAAGACCCUCCUGGACGUCAAGUGCCGCUUGGAGCAGGAGAUCCAGACCUACCACUGCCUGCUGGAGGGCGGCCAGCACGACAUCAUAGGGCCAGCAGGAAGAGGAGUCGCUGCCACAUCAGCUGGGAGGAGCGGGGGGCUGAAAGCCACUCUGUGCCAGCCCUGCCUGCCCUGAGCCCGGCACAGGAGAGGGUCUGCCAGGUCACUGCAGACCAGAGAGUCCCUCAGCCCCACUGCACAUCCCUGAGGAGCUGUGAAGAACAAGCCAUUUGGAAGAACAAGGCAAGAAUAACCUGGGUGUUCUCAGUUGUGCUCCAGCAGCAGCCGAAGGGACUCCAUGGGAGCCACUGACCCCAGCACUGCCCCUCACUCGGGCUCCCCAGGG